AUGGAGAAGAAGAACGACACAAUGGGUACAGACUUCGUUCUUCUUAGGCUGUUAAACCACAGCCGGGCUCACCAAGUCUUCUUUGCCUUGGUUAUGAUGACCUCCAUCACCUCGUUGUUGGGCAAUGCAACCCUAAUUCUCCUGAUACACAGAGAUCUCCACCUCCACACCCCCAUAUACUUCCUGCUCGAUCAGCUUUCGCUCAUGGACUUUAUGCUGGUCGUCACCACCAUUCCCCAAAUGGCUGGCGACUUCUGGUAUGAUAGGAAUUCCAUCUCCCUCAACGGAUGUGCCAUCCAAAUCUUCAUUUUCCUCACUCUGGUAGAGAGCAAGUGUUUCUUGCUAGCCGCCAUGGCCUACAAUCAGUUCUUGGCCAUUUGCCACCCUUUAGGCUAUACCGUUUUCAUGAGCCCCAGGCUUCGCCUCCUCCUGGAGGUGGUCUCCUGGUUGCUCGGGGGGCCGCGCCGGGUGAUGGAUGGGUUGGUGCCGGCGAGGGUCACCGUGAGCUACCGCUUCUGCCAUGCCCAGGAAGUCAACUAUUUUUUCAGCAAGACCCCUGCUCUGGUGUGCUUGGCCUGCGACGACACUACGGUCUUUGAGUCCAACAUGUACGUCUGCUGUGUCCUGAGGCUGCUAAUCUCCUUCUCCAUCAUCCUGGGCUCUUACGGCCUCAUUCUGGGGAUUAUACUCCAUAUGAGGUCGGUAGAAGCCAAGAAGAAGGCCUUCACCACCUGCUCCUCGCAUCUCAGCAUUGUCGACCUCUUCUAUGGGGCCGCCAUUUAUAUCUACAUGAGGCCCAGUUCAUACUACUCAACCGACUAUGACAAGAUGGUUUCAGUCUUCUAUGCUAUCCUCACACCCGUGCUGAACUCCCUCAUCUACAGCCUGAAGAACAGGGAGGUCCUGGAGGCUUUAAAGAGGGGUCUCGGAAAGUGCGUGGCUGCCAGGAUCACGGUGACUGUCUUGGCCAACAUGGCAGAAAUGGUGACAGAGAAGGUGAUUCCAAAGGCCAUCUGUUGCAGUAGGCAGGUGGCCGGGCCGGGGCGACUGAUAAAAGUCAAGGAGGACAGGAAGCAGAGCAGGAGGGCCCUGUUUGACUGGGAAGCAUGA